GCUCUACGCCCACAUUUCUGUGACUUUUUUUUUUUUGCUACGAACGAGCCGUUUAUGGGCAGGUGAAGGCUGCGCGUGGCGUGUGUCCCAUCAUGUGCCGCUGCGCACUGUGCUGAGGGUGCGGGUCGUGCGGAGCCGCUCCGGCUCGAGAGGCGUGCGGGCGGUAUCGUCAGCACUUUCUCCUGCACUAGAGGGGGGAAAAAAAGCGUCCCGGGUUGGAGAGAUUACCGGGAGAGGAAAAGCGGAGAAUGAAAGGAUGCAGCGGGGGGAAAACGGCAGUAAAACACCAACGUGCUGUUUGUCCCCUUUUUACACUGCAAGAAACAGCACUGUAACUAAUAAGAAAUACUCACAGCUAUCGUGAUGUUCUGCAGACAGCCCCUGCUCUUGGUGCUUGUCACCGGAACACUUCUGGCUUUGCUCCGACAUGUCAUCUCCCAUGGAACUGAGGCAGACAAAGGAAGGAGAAAGGUGGUACAUGUCCUCGAGGACGAGAGCGGUGCAGUCAUCGUGCAGACAGCGCCGGGGAAGGUGGUCACCCACCGGGGUGGCUCCAUCACCCUUCCUUGCCGAUACCACCAUGAGCCCGAGAGCAGUGAUCCAGCCCGCAUUCGUAUCAAGUGGACUAAGGUGACAGAUGCCCUGCAGUUUCACGAUGUGCUUGUGGCUCUGGGCCGGCAGCAGCGCGUGUUUGGGACCUACAAGGGCCGAGUGGAGCUAGAGGACGCUGGCCCCGGUGAUGCAUCGGUCAUCAUUCAUAACGUGACGCUGCAGGACUACGGCCGCUACGAGUGCGAGGUCACCAAUGACUUGGAAGACGACACGGGAUUUGUCAGCCUUGAUCUCGAAGGAGUGGUGUUCCCCUAUCACCCGAGAAUGGGCCGCUACAAGCUGAACUACCGCGAGGCGACGGAGAUGUGUCGCCAGCAGGACGCCAUCCUGGCCUCACACGCGCAGCUGCACAAGGCUUGGCUGGAGGGGCUGGACUGGUGCAAUGCGGGCUGGCUCGAGGAUGGCUCCGUGCAGUACCCCAUCUCGCAGCCUCGGGACCAGUGCGGCCGCAAGGACAACCCGGCCGGAGUGCGCAACUACGGUUACCGCCACAAGGAGGAUGAGCGCUACGACGCCUUCUGCUUCACUUCCAACCUUAAUGGCAAGGUGUACUUCCUCAAGCGCUUCAAGAAGGUGAACUAUGGUGAGGCGGCGAAGGCAUGUCAGCGAGACGGCGCAUCCAUAGCCAAAGUGGGCCAGCUGUACGCCGCGUGGAAGGUCCAGCUCCUGGACCGCUGCGAGGCCGGCUGGCUGGAGGACGGCAGCGUCCGCUACCCCAUAGUGAACCCGCGGGCUCGCUGCGGCGGGCCUGAGCCAGGGGUCCGCAACUUGGGCUUCCCUGACAAGAAGUUCCGCCUCUACGGGGUCUACUGCUUCCGCAGGGACAGAGCGAGCGGUGGCGCUCAGUGGACUCGGGGCGCGCCGACCAGCACCAGUGCCUCGCCCGCCAACGGAACCCGGAGCAUCUGACGGGACCCGAAGGUGAUUUUGUGGAAAAAGCUGCUGCCAGUCGCACAAAUUUAAUUGCUUGUCCCGGAAUGGCUGACAAGGCCGACUAAUUAACAAGUAACAAAAGUGCUAUCUGCAAAAUUUCCUUUUAGCUGCAAGAUGUCAGCUGCCUUUGGUGAGAGCGUGUCACUUUAUUAGGAGCCUAAACUGCAGCUUGGCAGUACUCCGCUUGAAACCCCUUUCAUUAGGGUUACCAUUGUGUGCGCUGUCAUUGUGAAGCACGUCCUUCGAGGAGCUGAAUUUUUCCUUCGAUUUUCUCAGCAGAAAACACCACGUUGGCCAUUGAGCGCUGUCUAUGAAACAUUAAUUAGUGUGACGAUAGAUUGGUAAAUCAUAAUAAAUGCAGCUAUUUAGCCACGUCUCUCCAUGAAGGCUGAUAAUAUCUCAAUUCCAAUUACUUUGUGAGUAAAAGAAAAUAAGUGUCUCCUGCACAUGCAUAUGCAAGCAUGGUAUCUUCCCCGAACAGCUCAAUCAUUAGGAGCCUCUGGGUUCAGCAGAUCACUGAAAAAAACUGCUAUAUUUAAUCACUCAGUUACUAGCUAUGCUAUUUACGCAAUACGAUGUGCUUGCCUUCAGAUGUUUUGUGAAAGGCAGUUAGAAUGAUGACAAUUACUAAUUAUUGCAAUAAUUAAAAUGCAUGUUUAACUGACGCCAGUACAGUGUUUAUCUGUUAGCAACAAAAUGUAAUUGAUACCAUGGUAAUAUUAUACUGAUAAGGAACAGCUGGUCCUGCAGUGGUGAAGGACACAAACUUAGCGUCAAGUUUGCAGCACCUCCCUCACCUGCUGUUGUACCUUUUAGAGAGGUGCUCAGCUUGAGUUACCCAUCUUAUUUAUAAAGGUGUGUCGAAGAAGUGCAAGUGUUUAUGGCAGCGCUCAUCAAUGACAUGGCGAGUGCUGCAGCUGAAUGAUUGAGUUCAAA